ACCGGGCCGCGCAGCGAACACCGAGAGCCACGGCGUUCGGACAACAGAGGCAGCAACAGCAACAGAAACACAGAAACGGCAGCAACGCCGAAUAGUAACGAAUAUUUCGAGGCGUGUUUUGUGCCAAGAAUUUCAAACAUUUUUAAUAAAUUAAUUAAAUCUUUAAUAAGUUAUAAAUAAUAAAUAUCUAUAACUAUUUUUUUUUUUUGGUUAAAAAAGUCCAAAUAGAGAGAAAAAAAGAAGGUAAAAACGGCAACACCCCCGCUCUGCUGCUAUGGCGUCGCUGUCGCUAUCGCAGUCGCUGCCUCUGCCUCUGCCGCUGUCGCAGUCACAGUCGUUGUCGUUGUCGCAGUCACAGUCACAGUCACAGUCGUCGCUGUCGUCGCUGCUUCUGUUCGCGUUGCGUUUGCGUUGUCGCUGGUUCAAUGGCUAAAAACUAAAAACUCGGGUGUGUGCUGCGCUCUGCAGAGCAUGUGAAAAAAUUGACAACGUUUCUGCGCCCAGAUAACACCACAAGCGUUGCGAUUCCGACUACAACAAAUUUAUUUAUAACAAAAAAAAAUUAUAUUAAUAAAUAAAUUUAAAUAUACAACAAAAAAAAAAGAAAGAAAGAAAAGGAAAUUACCCGAACCGAGAAGCAGCAACAGCAGUGUGUGUGUAAAUAGAUAAAAAAAAGAAAGAAAAUUUUAAAAAUAUAUAUAUUAAAAAAAAAAAGAAAAAAAUUUCUAUAGAAUAACAUAAGAAAGAAAUAAUAAAAAUAAAUGUGCAAAAAAAAAGAAAUGGAAAAAAGUGCAAGUGGAGGAGGAGCAGUCGGGCUGGUAGAUUGUCGCAUGUUGCAACAACGACAACAACCAACCAGCAACUAAAAAAGAAAAAAAUAAUUAAAUUAAAUAAAAAAUUAAAUAAAAAAAACUAAAUCAGGUUCAAACCGGAAAUAAAAAAAGAAAAAAAAAAACUAGAAAUUGUUUUUUUGUUUUUGUUGUGGGGCAUUUCCUAUUGAGGAUGUCGCAGUGCAAUGGUGUUGCAAGCAACAACAACAACAACAGAAGCAACAACAACAGAAGCAAAAACAACAGAAACAACAACAUCGAGUUCAUCAAUUCUGGCCACAACAACAAGUGUUUAAGCCAAAAGAGUUCGGCAUGAAAUGGAAGCAGCUAUACGCUCCACUUCAGUGCAGGUCGGUGCUCCGCCGCCCACAAACAACAACAACAACAACAACAGUAGCAACAACAACAGCAGCAGUAACAGUAGCAACAGCAACAACAACAGCAACAACAGCAGCAGCAACAACAACAACAGUAGCAGCAGCAACAACAAUAGUAGCAAUAACAACACACCAAACGGUGCACAACAACAACAGCAGCAACAACAACAACAUCAGCAACAUCAACAACAACAACAACAACAAAUACAUCAUCAAAGGAUUGCAAGCAGCAGCAACCAGCAGCAGCUGCAGCAACAACAGCAGCAGCAGCAGCAGCAGCAGCAGCAGCAGCAGCAUGAUAAUGGUCCUGCCUCCCUACCCUUUCCAUAUUCGGUGGCUAAUCAGCAAAAUACAAAAUCAGCUCAGCAUCAACAGCAACAGCAUCAGCAUCAGCAUCAGCAGCAGCAGCAGCAGCAGCAGCAACACCAAAAGCAACAACAACAACAACAAGCUGCCAACAUGUCCGCGUAUCAGCAACGUUUGCCAUCAGGUGCACCAUCGAUUCACAGGUCGUACAGGACCAUGGAUCAGUUUGCCAAGAUGGGGCACAUGCAACAACUACAGCAGCAGCAGCAGCAGCAGCAGCAACAGCCACCGCCACCCACGUCCCAGAUGCAGCAGUUGCAUCAUCACCUCCAGCAGCAGCAGCAACAGCAACAGCAGCAGCAGCAGUCCUCGCGAUCGGCUGCGAGUCCCUUGUCGCCGCCCCGCCCUGGAGCACCGCCCGGAGGCGGUAGCGGUGGCAGCAGUGGUGGCGGAAGUGGCAACAACCCCAGCAACAGCAGCACCGGCGGCGGCGGCAACAGCAGCAAUAGCAGCGCCAGUGCCGGCGGCAGCAACAGCAGCAGCAGCAGCAGCAGCAGUAGCAGCAACAAUGCAGCCGUGGCAGCGGCGGCGGCAUCAGCGGCAGCAGCAGCGGCGGGCAUCAACAACAGUUAUCUGCCGCCGUCGCCGCAGCACCACCAGCAGCAUCGUUUAUUCCAGCAGGCGCCCUACAGUAUGCCCCAAGCGACCCCCUACCGUGAACCAUCCUAUCCUUCCCGGCUCAGCCAGCUCCAGCAGCAGGCGGCGGUGCAACAGCAACAGCAGCAACAGCAGCAGCAGCAACAACAGCAGCAGCAACAGCAACAGCACCAGCAGCAGGCGGCACAACUGCAGCAACAGGCGGCGGCAGCGGCAGCAGCAGCAGCAGCUGCCGAAGUGGCCCACAUGCCGGAGUACCAUCGGGUCCUGGCACGGGCGGCAGUGCAGCAGGGUGGCGGCAAGUCCGCCAACGGAAGCAGUAGCGGUGGAGGGGGUGGUCCUCCUGGUGGCAGUUCUGGCGGCCCGGGCAGCGGCAGUGGCAGCAGUGGCGGCGGUGGUAGCGGUGUCCCUCCACCCGGCAGCGGUGUGGUCCAAGUAUCCCAGUCCGGUGGUGUCCUGGUCAUGGAAGCGAUGCCCCACUACGCCAGCCAGCCCAAUAGCACGUCCUUCCAGCAACAACAGCAGCAGCAGCAGCCAGGUGGUUCCGGACCUUCGGGCGGACCAUCUUCUGGCGGCGGGAGCAUAAUGGUGAACAGCAUGAGGGGCAUCCAGAUGCCGCACUCGCAGUACAGCUGCGAACUCCUGUCGAACGCCACCGCGGUGGCAGUGGCCGCCGUCAACCAGCGCCAGCAACUCCAGCUCCAGCAGCAGCAGCAUCCUCCAGAGCCAUUCGGAGGAGGCGGAGGUGGAGGUGGCGGACAACAGCCGUACAAAAAGCAACGAUUGAGCGAGACGAAUGCCAGCAACAUGAAUCACCUGCCUCCACAUCCGCAACAGCAACAGCAGCAGCAGCAUCCUGCACAUCAGCAACACCAGCGAUCCUCGCCAGCACAGCAGCAGCAGCAGCAACAGCAGCUGAAUAGCAACCGGCAGAGUCACAAUGAUCUGGGCAGGCAUGUCCAGACCACUCCUCUGGGCAUGCAGCUCAAGGUGGAGACCCUGCCGCCCCAGCAACAGCAGCAGCAGCAGCAGCAACAUCAACACCAUCAGCAACACCAGCAGCAUCAGCAGCAGCAGCAGCAACAUGCCGCCGCCCAGCAGUCCCAGAAUCGUUCCCAGGCCGGUGUCAGUAGCUUGGCGGGAUUGCCGGCUGGUUCUGUGACGGUAUCCACGGCGAGAUCCUCAUCGGUGGCCACCUCGGCCUCGAAUAGUGGCAGCAACGCCUCCGGGGGCAGUGGCAGCGGAACGGGAGUGGCCAGCACCGAGGCCUACCAUCCGCAGGUGGAGGCGAUAUCCCCAACACUGCCCAGCGACAGUGCCAUCGAGGAGCGGGGCCGGAGCAGCGCCAAGGAGGAUCUCCUCAUGCAGAUCCAGAAGGUGGACAAUGAGAUCAAGACGGUGGAAACGGCCAAGGAGACGCUUCGGAAAAAGGAGAAAUCCCUCAUGGAGGUGGCAUCGCUGGCCAAGCAGCAUAAGACCGCCAAGGAGUUGGCGGAGGCGAGUGCCGCCAAUGCCGCCAAUCAGGAGGAGGAAGUGGUGGAGCUUGUAUGGCGGAAUCAGAUGCUAGCCAAGAAGAUCUAUGCCGCCAAUCGGAAGACGGCUCAUGCUCAACAUUCCAUUCUCUCCCGUUUUAUAUCCUUAAUUGGAAACAACAACAAUAACAAUAACAAUAGCAACAACAACAACAACAACAACAACAAUAAUAAUAAUAAUACAAAUAAUAACAACAACAACAUCAAUAUGCACAACAACAAUAUGAUGAAGCCAUGGCUACCACUUUAUAAUCAACCCUUGGACGUCACCGCCCUCACCGUUCUCAUCCAACAGCAUCAGAAUCUGGUACGUGGUCCACUCCUCCUCCAUAUCCGGAAGUUGAAGGCCGAAAGAUGGGCCCACAACCAAACGCUGGUGGAGAAGUACGCCAAGGAGCAGGCCGACUGGCAGCGGAGGUGCGAGCGGGCGGAGGCGAGUGCCAAGCGGAAGGCGCGCGAGGCCAAGAAUCGGGAGUUCUUCGAGAAGGUAUUCACGGAGCUGAGGAAACAGCGUGAGGACAAGGAACGCUUCAAUCGAGUCGGAUCACGGAUCAAAUCGGAGGCAGAUCUCGAGGAGAUCAUGGAUGGGUUGCAGGAGCAGGCGCUGGAGGAUAAGAAGAUGAGAUCCUAUGCCGUUAUACCGCCACUGAUGCACGACGCCCGGCAGCGGAGAUGUGCCUACCACAAUGAGAAUGGCCGGAUCGAGGACAUGCUGGCGGUCCAUCAGCAACGGAAGGCCCUCAACAUGUGGACGGCCGGGGAGAAGGAGACGUUCAAGGAGAAGUAUCUGCAGCAUCCGAAGAACUUUGGAGCGAUUGCGGCCAGCUUGGAUAGGAAGUCGCCGCAGGAUUGCGUCCGCUACUACUACCUCAGCAAGAAGACGGAGAACUACAAGCAGUUGCUCCGCAAAUCCCGCCAGCGCACCCGCAGCUCCCGCAAUCCGGCCAAGGCCCAGGCUGUCCAGCCCCAGUGCAUCAUCGAUUCAAUGACCACCGGUGUGAUGACUCGCCUGCAGCGGGAGCAGCAGCAGAAGAGCGGCGGCCGAUCUGCGGCGGUUGGGGAACGGGAGCGGGCCGAACGGGCGGCGGAACGGGAACGGGUCGCCGAAAAGGCAGCGGCCGAUGCGGCCAAGGCGGCGGAGAGCGCCGCCGAGAAGGCCAGUGCCGCCAGCAAGGCGGUGGAGAUCACAGCCGCCGGCGAACGAAAGGCGGCAGCUGCAGCAGCAGCAGCAGCAGCAGCAGCGGCAGCAGCAGCAGCCGUGGCAACCAGUGGCAGUUCCACCACCGCUACUCCCGCCACCACCGGAUCAUCCGAGAAGACCGAAGCUGACAAGGCAGGAGUGGGGGCCGGAGCAGCAGCAGCAGCAGCGGCAGCAUCCUCGCCAGCAACGGCAGCCACACCGUCAGAGAUCUCAGCGGGAAGCGGUGGUGAUGCCGCCUCGAAGGGCCAGAAAUCCGAUGAGGAGGCGGCAGGAGCUACUGCCGGAGGAGUGGUGGCACCCGCUAAUGACGCCACUGCGGGCAAGGCUGACAACUCUGGCAUCUUGGAAGCCGGCAAGGGCAAGGAGACCGAAGCCAAUGACUCGCUGGCCCAGAAGUCCAGCCAAAAGGGCCAUCCCGAUAACUACAAUGCUACUGGCAGCAAUGCCACUCCGGGAGGUGGAGCUGGAGCGGCACAGGGCGUGACCUUGAAUGGCUUCAAGCCCGGCUACCAUCACUCCUCCGUGGUGAUGGCCAAUGUGAAGGUCCAGCCACCAGGCAGUGAGGAGACCCAAGGAGGAGCAGCCUCCACUGCUGGCACCGACAAGAUCGUAAAGACCACCGGAGCCGUCGGAGCAGGAGCGGAAGGAGCACCCUCCAGUGGAGCAGGAGCAGGAGCAGGAGCCGGAGGAGUGCCCACUCUCACCACCGCCACCACGGCGGGCAACUAUCUGGGCCAGAAACUGAAGGCCGCCCAGGUGGAGGGCAUGGGAGCCGGCAAUGACCUCCAUUCGGAUGUUAGUGACUCCAAACGUAAACGCUUCGAACUGAACCCCGGGGAGUCGGGUGCCACCAACAAUGCCUCAUCCGGCGGAGCCACCAACAGCAACAGCCUGAAGCCGAACGCCAAGGACCAGGCGACCAAGUCGUCCUCCUCAGUCCCUGGCACUGCAUCCUCCGCUACUCCCACUUCCUCGUCCGCUUCCUCUUCGGCCGCGUCCUCGGCUCCGAUGCUACUUAUUAGUGCCGCCUCCAUCAUGUCCACCGGGGUCAUGACCUCCGGAACCAACACCGCCACCGCCACGGCGAUAUCGAUGCCUCUGCUGGCGGACGGAGGAAACCUCAACUCCAUGGGCAACUCCUCCGAGAUUUUGGCCUUGGACGGCAAAGACAAACUGGCGAGCUGUUUUGUGUGCAAGGCGGAGGCCUGUCCCCGCACCCGCCCCCUGAAGAAGGGGCGUGGCCAGCAGUACGGAAUACCGGAUGAGUCGAUUCCGGCAGGAGCCCGGGUCUGCAACAGCUGCCAGUGCAAGUCGGUGCGGAGUCGGUAUCCGCACUGCCCGCUGCCGACGUGCCCCAAUCCCAAGGAUCGGGCCCAGCGGCUAAGGAACAUACCAUCCCGACUGUUCGAACUGGCGCCGGAGGUGAGGGAUCCGGUGAUGGCCGAAUUCCAGAUACCGCCGCAUGCCACACGAUGCUGUUCCGCCUGCCUGAUGCGCAUCCGCCGGAAACUGGAUCCGCAACUGAAUCUCAAUGAUGCCGCCAUGCUGGGCGGAGCUGGAAGCGGAGGUGGUGGCAGCGGUGGCCUUGGCGCCGGCAGCGGCAGUGGCGGGGAUGAGACGGACGUCAGCACCUCCUCCUGCGAUGAACGGGAGCCGGGUGGCUCGGAUACUGCCUCUGUGGAGAGUCCGGAGAACUUGCAACGUCACAAGUCCUUGACUCUGGUGAAGCAGCAACAGCAACAGCAACAACAACAACAGCAGCAGCAACAACAACAGCAACACUUGCAACAACAACAACAGCAACCAUUGUCGCAACCUCAGCCACCACCACCGGCGCCACAACAGAAGUCCUCCGGAUCGGGUGGUGUUCCCACAACCACGCCCCUUAUCAUAACGCCCACCCGGAAGGCGACCGGAGGAGCGGACAACGAGCGACUGCUGCCACCGGCCGCCGGCCAGGCGCCCAAGAAGCAGAAGACCAGCGAGGAGUACGACUCGUCGGCCACGGAGACGGCGGACGAGGAGAACGAGAACUCGCCGGCGAACCGUCAGAGUCCGAAGGUUCUCUUCCCCAGCAGUGGCAGUGGCAGUGGCGGCAGUGGAGUCGUCGGUGGUCAUGCCAACAAUGUGGGUGGCAGCCUGCAGCCGCCGGUGGUGGUGCCACUGGGCGGUGGAGGACAACCGGGACAGCAGGCGGCCAACGGGCCGAUGGGUAUGCGACGGGAGGCGGUGAACAAUGUCCAGGACUGUGUCUUCUCGGUGAUAGAGAGAUCCCUGAAGCACAAGGGCCCACAGCCCAAGGGAGGAUCUGGACAGGGACAGGGACAGCAGCAGCAGCAACAGCAACAGCAGCAGGGAGCCGGAGGACAGCCCGUCCAGAGCCAAUCCCCCUCCCAGCAGCAGCAGCAGCAAUCAGCCAACAACCUGGAACGCAAGGAACUGACCAUUGUCCGGGAGUAUCGACAGGAUCCAACGGCUAUACUGAAGCAGCAGGGCAGCAGCGGAGUAAGUGCAUCGCCCACCUCCCAGGCGGGCAGCCUGCCGCACGGCACCUCCGUCCAGAAACUGGGCGGCAACCGAUCCGGGCCACCGCCCCCUGGUGGCAGCAACAACGGCACCGCCAGCGACUCCAAUUUGGCCACCCUAUCGGUGGUUAGCCCCCACCUGGGCGUGGGUCUGGCCCAUCCCGGCCUGAUGGGCCACGGCGGGGUGGACAAGGCCACCAUAACGCCGGUGGUGAAGAGCGGCUCCAGUGCCAGCAAAGGUGGCACCACUCCGACACCACCAGAGACCAUCAUCUACAAUGUCCCGGCGGCACAUCCGCGGUCGGUGCACGGCGGCCAUCCUUCGCAGCAUCUACAGCAUGCCCCCCACCCGGUGGUGCAUCAUCCGGUGCAGCAGCAGCAGCAGCAGCAGCAAGUCCAGCAACAGGUGCAGCAGCAGCAGCAGCAGAUGCUGCAAGUCCCAGAGCCGGAGCCGCAAACUCUGGACCUGAGUAUCAAGAAGCCGCCGCGGGAUGGUCAUUCCCCGCACACGGGCGGUCCGGGCGGAGGAGGCUCAUCGUCGAGUGUCUCGUCGGUGUCGUCGGACCGCCACCAUGUGACGCCACCUAUCAUGUCCAGUGCCGUGAAGCACAUUGUCCGCUCUACGGGCAUGUAUCGCGGGGAGGUGCCGCCCCCCAACUCGUAUCUGUAUCCCCAGCCGCCGCCCCACGGCGUCCUGAAGGCCACCGGCGGAGUGGGCGUCGUUCCCGGAGUGGGUGUGGUGUCGGGAGUGCCCGGCGGUUCGCCCUACGGCAUCGCUAUGCCCUUUUCGAUAACCGGACAGGGACAGUUGCCGCCGAGGGCGGGGCAACCGCCGCCGGCACAGCCGCCACCUGGACGGGGCGGAGUGGGCGUGAAGGGAGCACCGCCCAAGCUGAGUCCCCAGCAGGCCCACCAUCCCAUGCAUCCCUCCCAGCAGCAACAGCAGCAGCAGCAGCAGCAGGCGGCGCAGCAGCAACAGCAGGCCGCAGCAGCGGCAGCGGCAGUCGCCAAUGUCCAGCUCUUGGCCAAGAGUGGCUCCAUCACCCACGGCACCCCGGCGAACAGUGCCCAGCAGCAGAUCAUAGUCCAUGCCGCGGCAGUGGCCGCCACAGCAGCCGCCUCCACGCCCUCCAUGCUCAGUCCGAAGUUCGAGGGACUCGUCCAGCGCCAGACGACACUGGAUCCAGGUGGCCCAGGGCCGGGAUCGGGCGGUUCCGGCAGCGGCAGUGUCAGCAACAAGCACGGCUCCAUCACCCAGGGCACACCGCUCCACCUGCCGCCCCACCACCUGGAGAACAAGCGGGCCUACGAGUUCUACAAGAGCUCCUCCCGCCACAGUCCCGCCCAGCAGCCGGGCUCCCAGCAGCAGCAGCAGCAGCAACAGCAACAGGUGCUGCCACCGCCGCCCCAGCAGUCCUCGCCCCAGGCCCCGCCCCCUCAGGGCUAUGGUGUGGGCGUGGGCUCGCCCUAUGCCCGGUCACCGUUUGGCGGGGUGGUGGACCAGCCGCCAGUGCUGAGCACCCGCCAGAUCGUGAUGAACGACUACAUCACCUCGCAGCAGAUGCAGGGCCAGCAGCAGCAGCAGCAGCAACAGCAGCAGCAGCGCAACAUGUCGCGCGGCAGUAGCGCCAGCGGGGGAGGAGGCGGUGGCUCUGACAAGGAGUCGCCCUCGCCCCGGAACAGUGUGGGCAGUGCCGGCGGAUUCGGGGGCUAUGGAGACAAGGAUCCAGGUCCCAGGGGCCGGCCAGAGUACUCCAGCCGGGCCUCCCCGGCCGAACACGCCAACAGCACUCCCAGUCCACAUCGCACGCCGCCGCCCCAGCGCCAGGGCGUCAUCCAGAGGCACAACACCGGCUCCAAGCCGCCAUCGCCGGCAGCUCCGCCACCCAGCCGGAUGCACAUCGUCGCUCCCUACCAGUAUGCUCCAGCCGGCCACGAUGCCCUGGCCUCGUUCGUGGACGUGGCGGUGCAGCAGCCCCAGCUCCCAGUGCCCUCCCAGAAGGACGACAAGUCGCCGGGAUCGGCUCAGGGACCGGGACCGGGUCCGGGGCCAGGUCCCUCGCCCGGAGGGCCCUCGGCACCGCCACCGCCCCACGCUCUGGUGGGGGUGGGACAGCCACCGCCACCACCGGCCGCACACCACGAGCUGUCCCGGUACCGUGAUAUAGCCAUGCACCAGCAAAUGGCCGCCAUGGUCCAUCAGCAGCAGCUGGUCCAGGCCCAGCACCAGCAGUACCGGCACCAUCUGAGCGCCGCCCACGUCGACCUCCAGCGGCGCAUGGAGCAGGCCAAGCGCGACCAGCGCCAGCAGCAGCACCAGCAGCAGCAGCACCAGAUCCAGCAGCAGCUCAACCACGCCAUAGAGCAGCGCGACCGCGAGAUCAUGCAGAGCCAGGAGCGGACGCAGCGGGAGCGGGAUCGCGAACGCGAACGGGAACGGGAGCGGGAGCGAGAACGCGAACAGGAUCGGGAGAGGCAACGCGAACGGGAGCGGGAGAGAGAACGGGAGCGGGAGCGCCGGGAUCAGGAUCGAGAGCGGCGGGUGGCGGCCGAGGAGCGAGACCGGGACAGCCGGCGCAUGGAGCGCAUGUUCGGCGGCGGUGUGGUCACAGCGGCCGGGGCAGGCGCCGGAGGACCUCCGCCCGGCCACUACAUACGCACCUCGGUUCCGGAGCCGGGUACACCACGCUCCAUGCCCGAUCGGGAAAGAGACUACUACCGUGCCGCGCAUGGCGGUCCACCGGCGGAGGACGCACCUGGCCAGCUGAGCGCCCAGAGCCUCAUCGACGCCAUCAUCAAGCACGAGAUCAACCGGACGAACGAUGCCACCGGAGCGGCGGUUCGCUCCGAGUUUCCACGCCCCUCGCCGGCCUUCGCCAGCCACGCCCCGCCGCCGCCGCCCCGCUCGUCAGCCGGACCGGGAGUACCCGGUGGCGCCGGCACCCGAUCCUCGCCAGCCAAUGUCCUGCAUCCGUUGUUCUUGCGCGACCACCGGCAGGCCCAUGAGGCCGGAGCGGUGUCCCUGCUGACGGCGGAGAACAACGGCAAGCCGAGCUCCUCCAGCUCCCCCAACGUGAUCAACAUCGACCUGGACCAGGAGCGCAUCUCGGCGGCGGCGGCAGCAGCAGCGGCAGCCGUGGCCCACCAGCAACAGGGCGCUCCACCGCCCUCGGGCCCCGGCGGACAGCCCCGCUCCGUCCACGGCCAUGUACGCACUCCCACUUCCCAGGCGGGCGGUGGUGGCGCCGGCGGAGCACCGCCCAGCGCCCAGCAGAUCCACACCAAGAGCAUCACCUUCGGGGAGCUCACCGAUUCGAUCAUAACCAAUGACUACGGCACCAGUCCCCACCUGCGACCGACGCCGCCGUUCAUGGCCUACAUGCAGGACCCGCAGCCGAUCCUCCAGGAGCGCUGGAAGCAGAACCGCCGGAUGCCGUACAAGGCCGAGGAUGCCAAGCAGCCGCAGCAGCAGCAGCAUCCGGGCGGCAAUCCGCCGGGUGGCAAUCCGAGUGGCGGCUCAGCCGGCGGAUCGAGCGGCGGACGCGCCAACACCCCCGGCGAGGAUGGCCGGAAUAUCAUACGAAUGCCCCAGGCAGUCAGUCCACGGAAGUACACCCACGAGAUGAUGUUGCAUCAGGUGCUGGCGGCGACGGCUGCCACGCCCGGGCACUACUUCCCGCCAGCACCGCCCGGCUCGGUGGUGGGACGGGUGGGAGCGCCCAUGCCGCCGGAUCAGCGCGGCGGACCCGGGGGCGGUGGUGGCCCGCCGGGUAGCGGAGGCGAUGGUCCACCGGGCGGUGGUCCUGGCGGCGGAGGAGGAGGAGGAGGCGGCGGUGGCGGAGGAUCCACCAACAUCGAUAACUAUGUCAAGAAUCGGAUUGCGGAGGUGAUGCGGGAUGACAUCUGCUAUGCCAAGACCCGGAUCGUGGAAGUCCGUUCGGAGGACGAGGUGACCGCCGAUCUGGUGGCAGCCGCCCACCAUACCCACGCCUCGGCGGUCCAUGCCGCCCACGCCGCCCAUGUGGCCCAUGCGGCACAUGCCGCCCAUGCCGCCGCUUUGGAGCAGCAGCAUCGCAACAAGGAGCCGCCACCGCCGGAGAUCAGUGUCUCCCGGAAGACGCCCAACCAGUACGAGGUGGUGGAGGCCAGCGGACGGCGUUCAGCCGGCGGCAGUAGUGCCGGAAGUGCCGGCUCCGUCUCCGUUUCCGUUUCGGGGGCCAACAGCCACCAUUCGCUGUACCAUCCCCCGCCCACGGCCUACGCCCCCAACACCUACGCCUUCCCGUACAGCGCCCUGACGGUGCCGAGUGCCGCCGGCGGUCUGCCGCCCCCGCAGCCGCUGCAACUGGCCGCCCACCAGGUGGUGGCGCCACCCGGGCACAUCAGCAAGGCGGCCAAGGCGGCCCUGGCCCUCAGCGAACUGGGCGCAGCCGGCGGUGGCGUCUCCCUGGUAGUGGGUGGCGGCGGAGGCGGCGGUGGUGGCGGCGGUGGCGGCGGACCACCAUCGGGCGGUGUACCAGGCGGCGGCAGUGGCGCUGGAGGAGCACCGGGCGGUGGCGGAGGUCCCGGUGGCCCCGGAGGACCUGGUGGCGCCGUCAAUCCCGUGUCCGUGGCAGCUGUGGCAGCGGCAACAGCGGCCGCUGUGACAGCGGCGGCAGUGACGGCGGCAACAGCGCCGGCCAGCGAACCGAAGCCUCUGCUGUCCUCCAAGUACGAGGCCCUGAGCGACGAGGAUUAGUUGUGACUGCCGGCGUCUUCGUCGGCGUCGGCCACGCAGUCACACCUGCGGUCAGUGGGAGUAGGAGUAGGAGGAGGAGUUGGAGGAGGAGGAGUGCCCCAAUCCCUGGUAGCCACCAGUAAUGCCAGUCUGGUGUACGGAUAUCCCAGCUACCGGCGGCACUCGCAGUCACAGUUGCAUCCGCAGCCGUUGUCGCCGCAUCGAUACCAGGCCAGUGCCCUGCCACCACCCCUCCAGUCCCAGCAGCAGCAGCAGCAGCAGCCACAUCAUCAUCCAGCGCAUCAGCAGCAUCCGCAUUCGCAUCCACAUCCGCAUCAGCAUCCGCAUCCGCAUCAGCAACUACAGCAGCAGCAGCAGAGGAGCUUGUAUUAUGCCAGUGAGCACUAUACGGGUGGCGGGAGCAACCCUGGCUACUACUAGCAACAUGCAACAUGCAACAGCGGCAGCAGCAACUUGUAAGAGACAGAAAACAAAAGAAAGCAACAUAACUGGGUGAGUUCUAAGAGCAACAUGCAACAAAUAUGAGAAAAGUAAGCAACCAUGCAACAUGCAACAUGCAACAUGCAACCAUGCAACAUGCAACAUGCAACACUGAGAGUAGGCUACCACUUAGCGAUAAGCGAUAAGCGAUUUAAGUAAGAUUUAAAAAAUUACCCAAAAAUUGUUGGACAAGAAGCCCUAAACUAUUGUGUAAAAAAAAUAUAUAUACCAAGGGCUUUAAAACAAAUUUAAAUUAAAAUACUUAAAAAAUAAAAUCAAGAGGUUAAAUGAAAAAAAUAAUAAGAAGAAGAAGAAGGAGAGGGAGAGGGAGAAAAUGUAAAAGAAGGAGACAAAAGAGUAAGCGAGAAAGGGAGAGGUGGCAAGAGUUUUAAAAAAUUAAAAAUUAAAAACAAUUUAUAAUUAAUUAUACAUUUAUUUAGACUUUCUACUUUCUCAUUCUAAUACUAAAUUAAAUUGUAAAAUUAUAUAUUUUUUAUUAUCAAUUAUUUAAAUGUUUUUUUUCUUUUUAUUCUCUUUAAUUGUGAAAUAUAUUUGUAAAAAUUAAAACUUUAAAACUACAAAAUUAAAGAAUUAGAUUUAAAAAUAAUAUUUCGAAUUUUUUCAAAAAAUUGUUUUCGAAAAAGGAAUCUGCCUUUUCCCCGACUUGACUCUCCAGAAACCAGAUUUCAACAUUUAACUGUGUCGUUUGUUUAAGUGUACAUGUGAUUUAAUGUCCUGGAUGUGUGUGCGUGUAUGUAUGUGUGUCCUGUCGCAAGUAGCUCUAGCCGCUCUAGCUCAGUAUCCUGAGUCCUUGUCGGAUCGUAAUAAUUGAUGGAAACUAAAAACUGAAAACCGGAAAAUGCAAAAUCUAAAUGGUAUAAUUAUGAGAAAAAAAUAAAUAAAAAAAACACACACAUAUAAAUAUACAAUACACUUACAAAAAUAAGAAGUAAAAACAAAAAGUAUAUAUAUAUAUAAAAAAAAACACACUGUUGGGCUGUUCUUAGAGAAAAAAAAAACAAAAAAUAUUACAAGGAAAAAAAGAAAGAAAAAUGAGAAACAACUAAAUAUAUACAUUAAUUAUAGGAGACUUUAAAACAUUAUUUAAACGACUUUUUGUAAAUUUCAUAAAACUGCGCAUAAGUUUAGCAAAACAUCAUUUUAAUCAAUUAUAUAUCUAUACCAGAGUAUAUAUAAAAAGUAAUAUAUAUUUACUAAAGUUGUACUAUUAUUCGAUUAGAAAUAUGUAUAUGUAAUUUUUUUUUUUUGCUAUUUUUAUACGCAAGAUCUAAUUUAUGGAGCAUUAUUGUGUUUUUUAUUCUCCUCCUAAAAACAAAAAAAAAAACAAAAGCUAUUGAAUUAUUUACGUGUAAUUGUUAAGCUAAUGAAAAUUUCAGUGUAAGUAAAAAAAAAAAAGGAAAAAAUCAACCCAAUAUAUAGUAUAUGUAUGUAAAAAAAAAAGAAAAUGAUACCAUUUAUGUAUGCAUUCAUAUAUUUAUGUCAUUACGGUCUAUAUGGAUGUAUAUGUAUAGGUGUGGAUAUAUAUAUAUAUAUAUAUAUAUAUAUAAAUAUAUGGGAUAUAUACAUACGCAUAUUUUUUAUAAAACAUUACGUCUUACGAAACAGUUUUAGUGUUAGCUACUUUACUCUUAAAUUCGUUUUUUUUUUGUAACUUAUUUUUUUUUUAUAUAUAUACAUCUAUGCAAACGUGAAACCAAUUUAAAAACGAAAAAAAAAAUCGUGAACACAAAAAAAUUAAAUAUUUUUAAUACAUAAUGAAACUAAAAACAAAAAUCUAUAUAUAUGUAUACAUAUAUAUAAAAAUAUAAAAUAAACAACAAACGCUAAGACUUAUUCAACAAAAAAAAAAAAAACAAAAAAACAAAAAUUGUAAAAUAUUAACAAACAACACAUACAUAUAUAUAUGUAAAAGCUAAUGCCGCAAAAGAAAAAUAAUGAUAGAUAUUCGAAAGCGGAAAUAGAAACAAAAUACGGAAACGGAAACGGAUAUGAAAUACAAAAAAAACCGCAAGAAAACGCAACUCUGGCCGGCAGAGCAGCAGCUACGUUUUAGUUUAGAGCAAGAAGCGUUUUUUUUUUAUAAAUAUAUAUAUAUAUAUAUGAAAAUUAUAAAACAAAAAAGUAAAGAAACAAAUUCUAUAUAUAUAUAUACAGAAAAUUUUACAAAAACAAUAUAUAUAUAUAUAUAUUAAUAUAAUAAAUGUAUGUAAAACGGCAGCAUAAUAACUAACAGAAUAACUGGAGCCCGAGGAUCGAUCGGUAAGGAUAAUAUUAAAAUGGAGAUUACGGAUCGGAGCGACCGGAGCCGGAAAUGCUGAGACACGCCCACACAACGAAAGAACUGCCGUUGUCGCCCCCAUCCGAUCUCCCAAUUUCCCCCGAUUUGGAUAGUGAGCACUUUCUAUACAUAUAAUAUAUAUAUAUAUAAAUAAAUGAUUACUGUAUGAAUAACCGAAUUUUAAGGCUGGUCGCAUUAAAAAUUAAACAAAAAAAAAAAAA